AUGAAUAAAGGAAUGAGAUCUGCAAUGAGCCAGAUACCAGCACAGGAGCUAAAUGAAACAACUGCCAGGAGUCAAGAUUUGGUUCCUUGUAGAAUCUGUGGAAGACAGUUUGCACAAGAUGCUCUGAUGAGGCAUGAGCCCAUUUGCAAGAAAGUCUUCAACAAGAAGCGCAAGCCCUUCAAUUCUUUUAAGCAGAGGGUGCAGGGAACUGAUAUCGGAGCUGUGAAGAGGCAGCCCCUGCUGAAGAAUCAGCCGGUGAAGAAAUCUAACUGGAGGCAGCACCAUGCAGAUUUUAUUAAUGCCAUUCAAUCAGCCAAACAAGUGACAAAAGCUAUGCAAGAAGGUCGUCCUCUUCCUCCUCCUCCCCCACCAAGCAUCAAUCCAGACUAUAUUCAGUGUCCAUUCUGCUUGAGAAGAUUCAACGAGGCUGCAGCAGCAAAGCACAUCAAAUUUUGUGAAGAACAAGCUACUCGCCGCGCCAUUGCCGCCAAGAUCACCAAACAGCCUCUGGGCAAACAACCAGUGACUCAGAGAAAAAAACCAACUGUCACACCUCUGUUACCGCAUGAGAAGAGAAUACAAAAGGUUGAUAACGCAGAAAAAUCUACUCCAGAGACUCCUCAGGAAACACUGCAAAAAAGCAGAAAACCUUUGCGUGUGUCUCCUGUAAAAAAAUCUGCUGGACAAUUUGGACAGCAGACACAGACCAGAAGAUAG